AUGAACGCAACGAAUGGCCUCGGCGUCAUCCUCGAGAACAGAUACUACGGCGAGAGUUAUCCGUUCGAGAACAGCACGACGGACAACUUGCGGUAUCUGACGGCGAAACAAACUAUCGCGGACAAUGCAUACUUCGCGCAGCACGCCGUCUUUCCGAACGUCACGGGCGGAGAUAAUCUCACGGCCGAGACGACACCGUGGAUCGAUCCUGUACGGCGGCAGUCUGGCGGGUGCGCAGACGGCGUUUUCUCUCGUCGAGUACGAGGGCUUGUUGUGAGGUGGCAUUGCUUCGUCGGGCGUCUCAACGGACCUUCGGACUGUAUCGCGCGGAUCAACGAUAUUGUCGACAAGAUGGACUCUUUGAUCCAGUCAAACAACAUCGAGGCAAUCCAGGAGCUGAAGUCAAUCUUCGGCCUGGGAAGCUUGCGUGACUUGUGA